UCUGUCCCAAAAGGAUGCGAUCCUUUCUCUCAUCCCGUCCGAAUCAUCCCUAUCUGUCGAGCCAUGGUCUGGAUAUGGUGCAUAGGACGGAGCCUUCGGGACCAUCGUCGGCCUCUGGUGGUGUCUGGGAUUUAAUCCACUUAUAACGCUACCUCUUUCCAGCCGGCCGGCUUACGAUGCACAGCCGGAUAGUGAAAGUUGUUUGGUUUAUUAAGGAUUUGCUGGAGCGAAACAAGCACAAGAGGGUCGGUGAAGUCCACAUAAAAAGGUUCUUUCAACAAUCGAACUGAACGUAUGCGAUUAUACACACUCCAAUAGCAAUACGGUACUUAGAAAAGUCGAACACACCCGGAUUCGGCGUUUUAUGUUUGCGGGACAUAAAUUGUUCGUCCUAUUUCGUCGUGCACUCGACACGCGGCGGGUGCGGAGGAGUGAAAUCAUGCACCGGAAAUGAAAUCAAGAACACGAGCGAAACGAACGAAAGGAGGAACGAUAUCAUCGAUAUCACUCUCACUCCAAACGUCACUGUGACUGGUCGAAGGUUCUCUGCGCUCCGACUAUUUUCAAUAUUAUUCCGAGAAAACCUGUAUCUUUGCUGAACUUGUUGCUGGUGUAGGUGACUUCAUUGCCUGGUUUUGUUUAACAACUGGAUUAUUCACCGUCAAUCACCUGGAAACGUUUUCCGGCCCACAAUCAUUACGUCGCUUCAACAUCACAAUCAAUCGCUCAUCCACAAAGCAAUGGCUGGUAUUUGUUCCGCCUGCGCUAACGACAUCGUAGCUGCUGAUCGCAUUGUGAAAUGCCAGGGUUGGUGCAACUCUGAGUUUCACUUCUCAUGCAGCGGACUUUCUGAGGAACUUUCCGCUACUAUAGAGUCCUGUGCACAACUUUUUUGGGCCUGUAAAGCCUGUGUAAAGUUUCACAAGGAUCCGCGUACGGCCGUGUUGAGGUCAUCCACCCCGUACACUCACACUUCUGUCGACCUACUGUCCAGCAUAGCCGACCUUAAAGCGGGCCUCCGUAGUGAGCUGUCACAGCAUACCACAGCUAUUAAGUUAGAGCUUCUGGAAGUUUUAAAGGCGGAGAUCCGUUCCUGCUUGCGAUCGACGCAUGCCGCCACCGAUUUACCGUCUCAACGGCCCAUUCAUCACAAUUCAGCGCCUAAAUUGUUUAAUUCAGUGGUCAAAAAUAUCCCCGGUACUAUUACACCCACACUACAACAGUAUCCAUCAUUAGCCGCUUCUCUUAGUGUGAGUGCGAACGAACCGUCAUCCUUCACCAAUAUGCCACCAGUUUACAACCCGCAAACACCACUACUCAGAGGAUCGGGAUCGCCGCUCGAUUCUGACACACUAGACACCAUCCCACACACCGAUACGCGAAUGUGGCUAUUCUUUACGCGUUUCUCCCCAUCGGUUACCACUGAGCAGAUUUCUCUCAUGGUACAAGUACGGCUAGCACUCGAUAAGCGGGAUGUGUUUGUACACCGUUUGACGAAGCUUGGUGCCGACACUAGUACACUCUCAUUUAUCUCAUUUAAGGUGGGCAUACCAGCCACUUUACGCAACAAGGCUCUCUCACCUAACACAUGGCCCUCUGCUCUUACCUACCGAGAGUUCCGUGACUAUCGGACCAAUAAUUAUAACACUAAUACCUGUGCAACAACUGAAACAAAUUCGAUGCUCGAUCAAAACGUUACUCCCGCUACCGACACUUAUCAUAAUCCUCUCUCACAUUCUGGAGGGAGUGCCGCGAUGCCAACUACUACAACAGAUACGCUCGCACAGCCCGUUACGAUUUCCUCACCUGCCAUGACCACUACAGACGCAGCUUUGUUUACAAACGAACCACAUCUUGACCUUAAUGAGCGAAUGCUUGUUACUACCACACCUACUAGGUCACCUCCCGAAUGCUUAGCCGCUCCUAAAAAACGACCGAAGCGAAACGCUAAACGGACUGAUGAAUCUGCUGACGCUGGCCCGUCGGAUGAAUAGCAAUCUUGCACCGCAUCCGGCGAUGCACCUCGUUCAGCUCAUCCCAGUCUCUCUAUCUACUACCAAAAUGUACGUGGUCUACGAACGAAAACUACAAAUCUUCGCCUGGCGCUAUCAGAAUCUGAAUAUGAUUUUAUCAUUCUUACCGAGACUUGGCUUACUCAGUCAAUACCUUCUUCGCUCCUCACUGACGAUCAUUAUCAUAUCUACAGGUGCGAUAGGAAUCUUUCCAACAGUGCCCUCUCACGCGGUGGGGGUGUUUUAAUUGCAAGUUCCUCUUCAAUACCGACAUGUGAAAUCGCAUCGCCUAAUACCAUACUGGAACAACUUUGGAUCAAAACAUUGCUGCCAGGUGUCUCUGUUUACAUCGGCGUUGUUUACAUUCCGCCUAGUCAUGCGAAUGACCCCGCAGUGAUGAACGCUUUACAUGAUAGUGUACGUGAAAUUUCAAGCCGCAUCAAAGAGAGCGAUUUAUUAUACGUCUUCGGAGAUUUCAAUAAACCUGAUAUCAGAUGGGAGCUGACUAAUACAUCAGAAGCCACCGAUUGCUCUCCAUGUUAUUCUGUCAUGCAUUAUGCGCCUUUAUGCAAUUCCGUGGCUAAUACCGAUUUCGUUGAUGGGUUGCAUAGUACCGGAUUAUUUCAGUUGAGUGGUAUUGCAAAUCAAUCUGGGCGUCAAUUGGAUCUGGUCUUCGCAAACCUUGCCGCAACCAAUAUUUUGUGCGACUCAAUCACACCUCUGCACUCUGUGAAUGGUACUUCGGCUCUAGAGAACUUCCUCCCAUACGUAACACACUGUAGUAUUCCACUUCUCAGUGAGGACUUUCAUCAUCCUUCAUUGGAUAUGAUGAUUUAUUAUCCCGUACAACUAUCCCACACCACCAACAGUCACACUCGCAGUACAGUCAAUAGAAAUUUCUUCAAAACGAAUGUGGAACGUAUGAAUGCCCUUAUUGUGUCGUUUGACCGUAAUUUUGACUGCUCCAACUUUUCCACUAUCGACGAAGCCACCGAUUGCUUUAGCGUUUUUAUGCGCUCAGCGAUUAAUUCCUGCGUUCCUGUUGCUCAACGAAAGCCUGGCCCCGAUUGGUCUAAUGCAUCUUUAAGACGGUUGAAAAAAAUAAAAUCAAAAGCCUACGCGGAUUACAGUAGAACGAGAUCAUCGCUGCAUAGGAGAAUUUUUUUCGAUGCACUGAACAAUUAUCGUCGACAUAAUCGUGUGCUCUACCGCUCCUUCAUUCGCCGUACUGAAAGGCAGCUAUUUUCCAAGCCGACACGGUUCUGGAGCUUCUGGAACAAACGGCGCAAUAUAAGAAGUAUCCCUCCGUCAAUGAGCUACAAUGGCCAAACUAGUAUCGAUACAUCCGAUAUUUGCAACACUCUCGCCAAUCGUUUCGCUGAUGCAUUCACCCUUCCUGUUCACAAUCCUAACACACUAGCAGAGGCCACCCGCAAUACUCCAUCGGAUGCUAUCGAUUUUAUUAUACCCACAAUUGACGAAGCAUUAAUUGCGCGCACACUCAACGAUAUAAAACCAUCUACAUCAUCUGGACCUGACAAUAUUCCCGCAUACAUAUUGAAGCACUGCCGUCAAUCACUCGCACCCAUUCUUGCCAAAAUAUUUAAUGAUUCCCUUAUGCGUGGCACGUAUCCUGAGUCCUGGAAACACGCGCGAAUGAUUCCUAUCCAUAAAAAAGGCAGUCGACUUCAUGCUAGUAAUUAUCGUGGCAUUGUAUCCCUAUGCGCUUGUGCAAAGGUGUUUGAGCUCAUUCUAUACAAUCCGCUACUCACAGCAGUUCAAAACUAUAUGAGCCCUAGUCAGCAUGGAUUUCUCCCAAGGAGAUCUUCCACCACAAAUCUUGCUGAAUUUGUUGGCUACUGCUUCGACAACAUGGAUCGAGGUACUCAAGUUGAUGCAGUAUAUAUCGACUUCAGGGCUGCGUUCGAUAGUAUUUCUCAUGAUAUUCUACUUUCGAAGCUAAAAAAACUCGGUUUCCUCGACUGGCACAUCACCUGGCUGCGUUCAUAUUUAACUGGUCGUUCGUACUACAUAAGUAUAGGAUCUCAUCGUUCUCACUCUUUCACCAGCUCCUCCGGUGUGCCUCAAGGGAGUAAUUUGGGACCGCUACUCUUCCUCAUCUAUAUAAAUGAUCUAUCUUUCGUUUUACCGCCAGGCCAACACCUAAUGUACGCCGACGAUGUAAAAAUAUUCGCUCCAGUUAGAAACGACAGUGACUGUGUACGCCUUCAAACGAUCCUUGAGAAUCUGGAUAGCUGGUGCAGCAGAAACGCUCUCCAAGUGUGUGCUGAUAAAUGCCAGUGUAUAUCAUUUAGCAGAGCCCGUCACCCCAUCACGUUUACAUACACUAUGCUCAACACGGCUUUGGCUCGCACGACAUGUAUCCGUGAUCUGGGGGUGCUACUCGAUCAGAAGAUGUCAUUUCGCCCUCACAUUGAUAGCGUUGUUGCGAAGGGAAAUCAGCUACUUGGUUUAAUUACGCGGACCUGUAGCGAGUUUACCGAUCCCAUGUGCGUCAAGUCGAUCUUCUGUGCCAUCGUAAGGUCGUGCCUGGAGUACUGCUGUCCGAUCUGGUGCCCGCUUGGCGUUGGUGACAUCAAUCGCCUCGAAGCCAUUCAACGGAGACUCACCAGGUACGCGGUUCGACUCCUUCCAUGGCAAUCCCACCACGCUCGGCCCACCUACCAUCAGCGGUGUCUGCUUCUCGGACUUGAACCACUCUGCUCUCGACGUAAAAACGCCCAAUGCCUUUUCAUAUUUCGGCUCCUUAACGGAGAGAUCGAUUCCCCGGCAUUACUAGCCAGCAUCAAUUUGUUCGCUCCCUGUCGGAUUCUUAGAUCCAACUUCCAUCUCCGUGUACCGCGUACCCGCAACAACCAUAGCCAGGGACACCCUAUUA